UGGUUCAACGGGAAACAAAUAAUCUAAUUUCUAAUAAAAAGACAUCAAGACAAAAAAAUGAGCUUGUGCGAAAAGAGUUUUCUCGAGGAAUUCGGGGAAGCUCAGCUUUAUUACCUACUAAAGCCUCAAUUCAGAAUACUGCUCCUCGUUACCAGUUCAAUGGCAAUAAUGGGGACAGCACAUCGAAAUCCAAGAAACUUUCCAUGGGACCUCCAUUGGAACCUCCAAGAAGUUUAAAACGCAAAUUACUACCUACUUCAAGUUCCACAAAACCAGGCUCAUCGUCAAGUGACAAAGCUAGAGUCAGAAUACUCGCCAGCGACUCAGCGGCUGCAGACUCUGAUUUCUGCACACCCAGAAACAGACCACAGGCUUUGAGAUACAUCAGCAGUAGCAGCAGAGGCGGAUACAGCGGUACAAGAUCAGCUCGAUCAUCCAGUACUGCCGUCGAAGCAAGCGUCAUUUUAGCUAUAUCAGAAGGGAGGGGCAUGGCACGAGGUGAGAUAGGGAUGGCUGCGGUGGACUUGAGACACCCCAACUUGGUGCUGUGUCAAUUCAGCGACUCUCUCUUGUACACCCACACCAUGACCAAGAUAAACUACUUUAAUCCAGUGGAAAUAAUAGUCCCCAACACAUUCUGCGAGGGCGUGCAGCCCAACCAACUGUUCCAGCUGAUACGGGACCAGUACCCAGCUUUGAACCUGACCACGGUACAGAGGAGACAUUUUAAUGAUGCCGCUGGACGACAGCAUAUACAGUCGUUGUGUGCGCCGCAAUACAGCGCAGUGUAUCUUCAAGUUAUGCAUAAGUUCUACGCUUUAACAGCGGCGGCUGCAGUGCUCAAGUAUGUGGAAUAUAUUCAGUGCAUAGUUUUUGCGAGGGAAUCACUGAAGAUAGUCUAUCAUUCCUCUGAAAAUACCAUGAUCAUUGAUGUAGGAACAGCAACCCAACUAGAGCUAGUCCAGCCGUUAGUUCCCUCUGCUGGUGCGACUUGCUGCCUCUUAGGUGUGUUAGGGCCGACAUACACCGUCGGUGGAAUCAGGGCUUUAAGGGCGACCAUAUUACAGCCCUCGUGCAAUAAGGAGGCUAUUGAGAAUAGACUCGAUGCUGUGCAGGAUUUGAUGGAGAAUGAAGCUGGGUUGAUGGUCGGAUUACAGGACGUGCUCAAGAAAUUAUCCGACAUUGAUAGGAUAUUGUUACUAUGCGUUGAGCAACAAAAUCAAAACAUGGAUAAAAUGGGGGAGGCACAGUUGAACCAAACUUUACUUUUAAAGACCACGAUGGAAUUAGUUCCAAAGUUGGUAGAAGCUCUCCAGCUAGCGGAUAGUGGAAGGCUUAAGAAAAUUAAAUUGGAUUUUGAAAACCCCCACUACAAUGAAAUAGCCGAAAGAAUCAAAACCGUAAUCCAAGAUGAUGCGCACUUAGAAAAGGGUGCUAUGGGUAGUCUGCAACGCUGUUUUGCUGUGAAGCCAGACAUCAAUGGACUCUUAGAUGUAGCACGAAGAACAUACUCGGAACUUAUAGACGAUAUACAGAAGAUAGUAGAGCAGUUAGGAGAAUCAUACGACUUGCCAUUAAGGCUAAAUCAGAAUAUGAUGAAGGGAUUUCACAUAGUGCUAACAAUCGCUCCUAAAAAUAGAAGGACUUUCAACGUAGAGGAGUUACCUCCAAUCUUUAUUCAGGUCCAAAACAAUGGUAGUAGGAUAUCUAUGACUACAGAAGAAUUGGUGGUUCUGGAUCAGCAAGCUAAAGAGUCUCUAAAUGAAAUACAGAAAAUGAGCAACAUUGUAAUUGGGAGCCUGCUAAAAGACCUACGACCAUUCAUGGCUAGUCUUUAUACUCUGUGCGAAAAUGUUGCAGAGUUGGAUAUUCUACUAGCUAUGGCUCAAGUAAGCACAGUCGGAUCAUACAUUCGACCCGAUUUCAGUGAUUACUUGGACAUACGGAAUAGCAUACAUGCACUUCUGGACUACAAUACUCAAAGCAUGCCAGUUCCUAACGAUAUUUACGCCAGUCCCGAACAAAAUUUCACUAUCAUCACCGGUCCGAAUAUGGGCGGCAAAAGCAUUUACAUAAAACAGAUUGCUGUGUUGCAAAUCAUGGCGCAGCUGGGUUGCUUCUUGCCAGCAACUAACGCAGUCCUCAGAAUUUGCGACCGUCUCUUCUCGCGAAUUGGAUUCAAUGAUAGUGUAGAAAUGAAUGCUUCUACUUAUGUCGUUGAGAUGAAGGAAACACAACAUAUUUUGAAAGGUUUGACGCCAUCAAGUUUGGUGAUAAUAGAUGAACUUUGUAGAGGAACAUCAACAGAUGAAGGAACGAGUAUAGCUUGGGCUAUAUGCGAAGAGUUGCUUGCAAGCGAUGCCUUUACUUUUUUUACAACACAUUUUAUGUAUCUGACGAGGCUACAGGACUUAUACUUUAAUGUAGUCAACCUUCACACGGAAGUAAAAGAAGAAGUGACAAGUUCACCAACGCAAUCAACUGGCUCGCAGAUGGCCGAGAAACGUUUGGUUUACGAACAUAAAAUAAAUCCUGGAAUAACUAAUAUAGAGAACUAUGGUUUGUCUCUAGCAGCAAAAACCAACUUACCUGAAGGUACAGUGAAAUUGGCAUGGGAGCUUGCAGAACUUAUCAAUGCAAACAGAAAGCCUCAAGAUACAAAUCCUGAAGCUAAGACUGAUGACAGACUGCUAUACGAAUUUAAUGCAGAAUUAAGAAAACAAUCUAGACGUCACCCAAAUAACGACAUUGUAAUAAAUGACGUAAAGAAUAAAUUCAAAGAAGAAAACCCCCAUUUAAUAGAAAGCCUAAGGGCACAAAGACUUAGUAAAGACAAUAACACUGAUUCUAGUGUUAACAGAUCGUCAGUACCUACGAGAUUAGCUUCAUCAAACGAAGCUGCCCUAAGUAAGAAUUCAUAUUCAUCCAGCAAUGCAGUAAUGCCAAUACCAAAUCAUUUUAUUUCUAACAGACCCCGUAAUAGGAAUGCUGCAAAUAGUGUUGAUCAUGAUAAAGAAGGUACAAUAGAAAAUGACAAUAUUAAGGUGCAAGAUAAAAAUCUUGGAAAUGACGCUGGUGUAACAUCUUCAACUGGACUCUUAAAUACCAUGAUCAACCAUGACAACAUUAAUCCAAUACCUGACAUAUCAAUUGAGGAUUUUGAAGACGAAAUUUUGCCUACUCAAAAUGUAGUGAAUGACCAUUUAUAUAACUCGAGGCAAGAAAACGUAAUUGUCAACUAUGAUGAUUCCAAUUUCAUGACUGAUAUGAUUGAAUGUGAUGAUGAUAAAACGAACGAAUUAUAUAAUACGGAAAGAUCUGAUGCUUCUAUAUAUAAUGAUUCAGUUCUUGCCGAUGCAGCAACUCAGGUAAUAGAAUGUUCCAAUACUUUUCAAGACGACUCAAUCAGUGAACCCAGUGAAAGGUCGACAAACGAUGAAUUAAUGACUGAGACUGUAAAUGAAAUUAAUAUGGAAUUAGACACUGGAAUCGUUAGUUUAGAUGACUUGGUGCUUACUCCACCAGCAGAAUUUAGAGAUAACUAAUACUAAGACAAAGCAUGUAAAUAAAGGAUCGCCUUAUGUAAUCUUUCCUUUUAUUUGUUUACUUAUUACUUACCUACC